GAAAGUAAAAAAGAGAGUCUAUAAAGCCGAAAUUACCCGCAAAUGAACAUCUUUUAGGUUUUAGUUUGCUGUAGCCGCACCUCGGAGCGCCGCCACCAUGGGUCGUAUGCACAGCCGAGGUAAGGGUAUUUCAGCUUCAGCACUUCCAUAUAAGAGGACUCCACCUAGUUGGUUGAAAACAUCUGCUCCUGAUGUUGAGGAUAAUAUAUGCAAGUUUGCCAAAAAGGGUUUGACACCUUCUCAGAUUGGUGUUAUACUUCGUGACUCACAUGGGAUUGCUCAGGUGAAGAGCGUAACUGGUAGCAAGAUUCUCAGAAUUUUGAAGGCUCAUGGACUUGCUCCUGAGAUUCCCGAGGAUCUCUAUCACCUUAUCAAGAAGGCUGUUGCAAUCCGGAAGCAUCUUGAGAGAAACAGGAAAGACAAGGAUUCCAAGUUUAGGUUGAUUCUUGUUGAGAGCAGGAUUCACCGACUCGCUCGUUACUAUAAGAAAACAAAGAAGCUUCCACCAGUCUGGAAGUAUGAAUCAACCACCGCCAGUACUCUUGUGGCAUAGAGAAGACUCUGGCAUUAGAAUGCUUUUUUUUUGUGGUCAACUUUUGCCUCCAAAGUUAAAUAUUAAGUUCGGAACUGCCAGGAUGUUAAAUGAGGAAUUUUUUUUCGUUGUCAACAUCUUGGUGAUGAUUUAGUUCUGUUUUAAGUUGGUACUUGAUGCCCUUUUCUUUUUUCAAUGUUGUGAUAGUUAAUCUUACCAGAGCCUUCAAAUUGUUAGGUAUUUGAACGUCACUGAUUUCAGUAAUGGAUAAGUUUAUGCCAAAAAGAACUGAAAAUCUGGAUCAUGGGAGAUCUGGAUAUCUCAGUUACUACGGGGAAGUUA